CGAAAGCUCAUUUCCGUAUUUACAAGCGGAGCGUGACGUUCAGGCUCCCGUCAAAAAAUACGUCUCGGAGGUGCAAAUUGAAGCUUUUCCCUGUCCACUCCAGAUAAACAUGAUGCUGUCCUUGAAAGCUUUUCUCAACGAGCGGUUGGCGGCGGUAGCGGAAGAGAUAUUUGGUGCCGUCGAGCAGACAAUAGACGAGUACAAAGAGGAGCUUUGUCGCGUGAAGGACUUGGAGAUCGGGCGCCUGAGAAUGCAACUGAGGCUUCUCAAGUCAGAUGCGUGUAACGGAGCCCAGCUGCAGGAGCACACCCAUCACCAGCUCCCUUCUCCUCCUUCUCCUGCCCCUCCUCCACCUCCCCCUCCUCCACAGAAGCAUGAGGAGGCGGCAUCAGCAGACAUGGAGGCUCCUGAGUCCCAGAACAUGGAGGAUGAAGGCAGCAGCAGCUUGGAGCACCCCAAUGACGCCACCCAGGUGAAGAAAGAACCAGAGAGGAGCCACAGGGAGUUCUGGCUGGGUCACGGUUCUGAGCCUCUGGAGGAUCUGGAGUCGGACAUUAAAGAUUUCAUGUCGUCAGCGUCAGGCAUGAGGGCCAGCCUACAUGAGGCCAUCUUGCCCUUUCACGUGUAUCACGGCAUCGGCGGUGGGCUCGGCGACGAAGGCAAGGAGAAGCCCUAUAGCUGCUCGGUUUGCGACAAGCGCUUCAGCAACUGCUCCCACCUGGCGGCUCACGUAAGGACGCACACGGGCGAGAGGCCCUACAUGUGUGAGAUCUGCAGCAAGAGCUUCAUCACCACCAGCGCCCUCAACAGACACCAGACCAUACACACCGAAGGCAAACACUACGUGUGCAUUUACUGCAAUAAGGCCUUCAAAUGGAUGGAGUCUCUCGCCAGGCACGUGAGAGUUGCUCACAAGAGGCCCGACGCUCCUCAAUGACCUCGGAUAUUGAGGAAAGAAUUUUACGUCGUAGUAUUAUCUUGUAAGUAGAACUAUAGAACCCGUCUGCCUUGAACAGUUCUGAGACUCUGGGUUUGGGUUCUUCAGUAUUCACCCCGUGAUUAGGGAACCAGUCAUCUCGAAUAGGCUCCAGCUCAAUGAGGACAAACGUUUUACCAAAUCGAUAGAUUCAUAUUAAUUAAACAAAGAAAUGUGUUUUCAUGAAUGAAGCUGAACCAAGAGCAUUUCCCGUCUCAAAUGAGCAAUUUUUCUCUUUUACUUUUAAAUUGAAAAUACUUGUGCGGUGAUGUCAAAAUCUUUUUUACGAGCGUGUCAAGUUGUGAGGGAAAAAAUGAUUUCAAUUUUAUCUGUCUCUUGUCCUGUGUGUUUUCAAUGCUGUGGCUUUCAGCUCCCUGUAGCCUUGCAGGAGCUGCGUUCUCAUUGGCUACUUUGGGAGUGUGCCCAUUAUGCGGCGUGUCAUGUUGAUGCUUUUUUUAGGGUGAGGAAGCUAUCAGAAAAUACAAUAAACUGCUUAAAGACUG